AUGGCGGCGGGCGGGCGGCGGCGCGGGGGCGGGCGGGGGGGCGGGCGCGCGGGGCGCGGGGGCGGGCGCGGGCGGCGGCGCGGCGGGCGCGGGGGGCGGGGCGGGCCGGGCGGGCGCGCGGCGCGCGGCGGGGGGCGCGGCGGGCGGGGCGGGGGCGGGGGCGGCGGGGGCGCGGCGCGGGGGCGGGCGCGGGGGUGCGGGCGCGGGCGCGGGGCGGGGGCGGCGGCGGCGCGCGGGGUCGCGCGGGGCGGGCGGGCGGCGGGCGCCGCGGGGGGCGGGCGGGGCGGGGCGGCGCGGGGGCGCGGGGGGCGCGGGCGCGGGGGGGGCGCGCCGGCGGGCGGCGUCGCGGGCGGGGGGCGGCUGGGGGGGGGCGGCGGGGGCGGGGCGCGCGGCGGCGGGGGCGGGGGGGCGGGGCGGCGGCGGGCGCGGCGCGGGCGGCGGGCGGCGGCGCGGGCGGGCGGGGCGGCGGGCGGGCGGGGCGGCGGGGCGCGGGCGGCGCGGCGGGGCGGGCGGGGGGCGGGCGGGGCGGGGGCGGGCGGGCGGCGCGGGGCGUGCGGGGCGGGGGGGGCGCGGUGCGGGCGCGUGGCGGGCGGGGCGGGCGGUCGGGCGGCGCGCGGGGCGGGGCGGGCGGGGGGGCCGGCCGCGGGGGGGCCGGCGCGGGGCGGGGGUCGGGGCGGCGGCGCGGGGGCGGGGGCGGCGCGGCGGGAGGGCGGGCGCGGGCGUCGGCGGCGGGGGGGGGGCGGCGGGCGCGGGGGCGGCGGGGCGGGGGGGGGCGCGGCGGCGGGGCGGGCGGGGCGCGGGCGGGGGCGAGGGGCGGCGGGGGCGGGGGGGCGGGCGGCGGGCGGGGGCGGCGGCGGCGGCGCGGCGGGCGGGGCGCGGGGGGCGGGGCGGCGGCGCGGGGGGGCGGUCGGGCCGCGGCGGGCGCGGCGGGGGGCGGCGGGGCGCGGGGGGCGGGCGCGGCGGGGGGGGGCGGGGCGGCAGGGGGCGUGGCGGGGGCGGGCGGGGGCCGGGGCGCGGGGCGGGUCGGCGGGCGGGGGGGCCCGGGGGCGUCGCGUGCGGGGGGGGGCGGCGCCCGGGGCCGGCGGCGGGGCGGGUCGGCGCGGGGGCGGGGGGGCGGCGCCCGGGGGCGGGCGGGGCGGCGCGGCGGGCGCCGCGGGCGGGGGCGGCGCCGGCGGGCGGCGGGGGGGGGGCGGCCGCGCGGGGCGGGGCGGCGGCGGGGCGGGGCGCGCGCGGGGGCGGUCGGGCGGGGCGCUCGGCCGCGGCGGGCGCGCGGGGGCGGCGGGCGGGGCGGGGGGGGGGCGGGGCGGGCGGCGGGGUGGCGACGGGCCGCGGGGGCGGCGGCGCGGGCGGCGGCGGCGCGCGGGGGGGCGCGGGGGCGGGGGGGCGGGGGGCGGCGGCGGGGGGGCGGGCGCGGGGCGGGGGCGGGGGGGCGGCGGCGGCGCGCGGGGGGGGCCGCGCGGCGCGGGCGGCGGGCGGGACUGCGGCGGGGGGCGGCGGGUCGGCGGAAGGGGCGGGCGCGGGGGCGGCGCGGGGGGGGGGGGCGGGCGGGCGGCGCGGGGGCGCGGGGCGGGGCGUUGCGGCGGCCGCGGGGGCGCGGGGGGCGGCGGGGGCGGGGGCGGCGGCGCGCGGGCGGGCGCGGCGGGUGGGGGCGCGGGGCGGGGCGCGGCGGCGGGCGGGGCGGGCGGGCCCGGCGGGGGGGGGGCGGGCCGGGGGGCGCGCGGGGGGGCCGGGCGGUCGGCGCGCGGCGGCGCAGCGGGGGGCGCGCGGCGCGGGGGGGCGCGGGCGCGGGGGGGCGCGGGCGGCGGCGGCGAGAGGCGGUGGGCGGGGGCGCGGGCGGCGGGGCGGCCGCGCGCGGGCGGCAGUCGCGCGCGGCGUGGGGGCGGCGGGCGGCCGCGAGAGAGCGGCGGGGGGAAAGUUGGGGGGGCGGGGGGCGGACGCGCUGCGCUGGACGGGCGGGCGCGGGCGUCUGGGCGGGCGGCGGGCGCGGCCCGGCGGGGCGGCGCGGUCGGUGCGGGGGGGGCGCCCGGGGCGCGGGGCGGGCGGCGUUUUGCCGGUGGCAGGCGGGCGCGUCGGGCGGGGCGCGGCGGGGGUCGGGGGCGGACUCGGCGGCGUCGGCGCCCGGGGGCGGGCCGGCGCGGGUUGCGCGCGGCGGGGCGGCGCGGCGACGCGGUCGCCGGGCGCGUGGCGGGCGCGCGAGGCAGCGGCUGGACGCGGUUUGGGGGCGGGCGAGCGGGCGGCUGGGCGGGGCGCACGGCGGGCGCGGCGAGGCCCGCGUCGGCGGGUCGGGCGCGGCGGCCGGCGCGGCGGGGAUUGCGGCGGCGGGCUCUGGGCCCGGGGCGUUGCGGCCCUGGCGGGGCGGGGGGGCCGGCGCGCGGGCGGGGCGGGCGGGCCGUGCGGGGCGGCGCGG